UCAAGUAGGUUAAUUGUUUUUUGAAUGGAAAGGGAAUACGUGAAUUAUAUAAAACCUCAAGCACCUAAGGUGUCACUUUAUAGCUACCACUAGCAUAAAAGAUUCCCUUACAUUCAUAAUCAAUGUCCAAAACACAUUCAAAUUAUGGCACAAAUGAGUUACCCAUCACUACAACCGAAAUAACGGAAGAAAACCAACAGUUUAAAUUCGCUACAUUACUUCAGCUUCGUUAUCCUCCUGGUUUUUUCCGAAAGGUGGUGGCAGAGUCGGUUGCCACCUUCUUGUUGGUGUUUGUGACAUGUGGAUCAGCGGCACUUGCUACAAGCAAUGAACACAAGGUGUCUCAACUUGGAGCCUCGCUUGCGGGUGGUCUCAUUGUGACGGUUAUGAUUUAUGCAGUUGGACAUAUUUCAGGUGCACACAUGAACCCUGCGGUCACACUAGCGUUUGGAGCCGUGGGACAUUUUCCUUGGAACCAGGUCCCGAUCUAUGCAAUUGCACAACUAAUGGGGUCUAUAGCGGCUUCAUUCUGCCUACGUGUACUUUUACAACAAGGGACAUAUUUGGGCACAACAACACCUUCGGGGACAAAUGAACAAGCUCUAAUAAUGGAAAUCAUCGUCACUUUUACAAUGAUGUUUGUCACCUCAGCAGUAGCCACAGAUUCUAAAGCCGUAGGAGAGUUAGCGGGUAUAGCAGUAGGAUCGGCAGUAUGCAUUACUUCCAUCUUAGCAGGACCGAUAUCAGGGGGAUCGAUGAAUCCAGCACGCACUAUCGGACCGGCUUUAGCUAGCAAUAAUUAUAAAGGGAUUUGGGUGUAUAUUGUUGGCCCUAUAACAGGGACGGUAUCUGGGGUGAUGUGUUAUAAUUUUGUUCGAGCAACUGAUAGACCUCUUCAGAUUUAAACAUCGAGAAUGAAGAGCAAUGACGAAAAUGCUAUUGUUUAAAGAUAAAUUAGUUCUUUGUAAUUGUAUAUUCCGAUCAACUAUAAUGGUUUCUCAUUGAAUAGAAUAAUAAGGUAACAGAAUUAGUUAUUACAUUCCAUUUCAUGUCAUGCUUAGUUGGCGUUUAGGAAUGGAAUGUAAUGAAUCUUUUGUAUUAUAUAAAUAGCAAUAUGGUAUUAAAAAUA